AUGUCUUCUCACAAGACCUUCAGAAUCAAGAGAUUCCUGGCUAAACAACAAAAACAAUACCACCCCAUUCCCCAGUGGAUUCACAUAAAAACUGGCAAUAAAAUCAGAUAUAACUCCAAGUGGAGACAUUUUAGAAGAACCAACCUGGGUCUUUAA